AGAUGUUAAUACAAAAAUAAGUUAACACAAAAAUAAUGAAAUAGAUCCUUGUCCAAUGCAAUAUUUAAAAUGUAAUUAUUAAUCUCUCCUUUCCCAUUUGACACACAUUUUAAAUAUUCAUGUAUCUAUAAUUUAAGGGUAUUAAAUUUAUCGGUAGUAUUUCUGUUUUUUUUUUCUUUUUUGUUUUUAUUUAUUUAUUAUUUUUUUUUAAUAAAUAUUUUCAAGCUAAAUAAUUGUAUAACAAUCUUUUUAAUUGACGUAAGAGUGUACAUACUUGUUAGAAAAAUUUAAUACUAAAUGCCAACAGAAAGGUCAACCAGAAUAUUCGCACGAUCGAGUGGCGCUCCCGUGAUUGGUGAAACUACAGUAAUGCAUUCCAAUAUACUAAAGUCGCUCAGUCGCUUUAGUUACUUUCAACGAAUCAGAUCGUAUUAUCGUGAAAUGUGAUAAUAUUUGUAUCAUUAUAAACGUUUACUUAUAUAGGACAUUUCUUUGCAUUUAUAUAUAUAUAUAUAUAUAUAUCUAGAAAAAAAUUAGAGAACUUUUUAUAUUUAUAGUGAAAGUAUUAGAAAUUAUAAUGAAUAAUUAAAAGUGAAUAUCGAUUUACCGAUAGCAUUGUUUUCUUAAUAUAUAAAGUAUCUCAGAAUUGUUGAAAUCUCGAGUAGAAAAAAAAAUGUUCGAAAAGCAGUGUUUUCACAGUGACUUAAAGUACGACGAAGCUUGUGUUAAAUUAAGAAAUGAAGAUAAAUCGAAUGCAUGGCUUUAUGCGCUUUCAUCCGAUUGCGUUUUGUGUCCGUACAGUCGGGUAUCUUUGAUUUCAACCGCGAAUUAUAGCGUGAAAUUUAAUACUGCCAGAUCUAUGAAAUGGGCGGUACUGAACGUCGAUGGUUCUAACGAAUAUAUAUCUGUCAAAAAUAUCAGUACCGCGAUUUGCAAACUUUCACCAAAUAUAGGAGAAUACGGCAGUUAUGAAUUAUUAAUUCGAAACGAUAGUUGUUUCCUCAACACACUGAUACGACCAACCAAUUCUUACAUCACUCUCCUCAUUGUUUUCGGUAUAAUAAUAUGCUUUCUAAUUGGAAUAUCAUUGUCACGACAAAUAUGGCAAUUGAUUCAAGAAAAAUGUUUGAAACAUACUAACGAUCAGAUAGCUAACGAUCCUACGAAGAAACGACGAGUGAAAUCUAUCGACACAUUUAGAGGGAUCAGCAUUUUGUUUAUGAUCUUCGUUAAUAGCGGUGCUGGAGGAUAUUAUCUAUUGGAGCACGCAACUUGGAAUGGUUUAUUAAUAGGAGAUUUGGUCUUUCCAUGUUUCAUGUGGAUUAUGGGAGUUUGUAUUCCUAUAGCCAUGUCCUCGCAAUUAUCACGUGGCGUUUUGAAAUUAGAAAUGUUUUUUGGAAUUCUUAAGAGAAGCAUCCUGUUAUUUCUUAUCGGCGUUGCAUUAAACACUCUCGCUAGCAUGCCGCAGCUGGAAAAAAUACGAAUAUUCGGUGUGUUGCAAAGAUUCGGUGUUGCUUAUCUUGUAGUUGCUCUGAUGUUUCUAUUUCUAACACCGAGAAAACCUAAAAAAAUUCAAAGUCUAAUGCAUCAACGAUUAAAGGAUAUAUCCAUUUUGUUACCACAAUGGAUCAUCGUUCUAUGCAUCGUCGUUGUUCAUUGCAUAUUAACGUUCAAACUUUCAGUACCAGGAUGUCCCACAGGUUAUCUCGGUCCUGGUGGACGUCACGAAGACGGAAAAUAUUUUAAUUGUACCGGUGGUGCUGCUGGAUAUAUAGACGACUUGAUCCUAACACCCAAACACUUGUUUCAAAACCUGUUGAUAAUCUCGGUUUACGGAUCUAAACCCUUCGAUCCUGAGGGUAUUUUAGGUUGCCUGACAACAAUAUUCCAAGUAUUUCUUGGAGUCCAGGCAGGAGAGAUUUUAUUGUGCUAUAAGGAUUGGAAGGAUAGGGUCGUAAGGUGGCUCCUAUGGGCGGUAUUUUUAGCUAUCGUAGGAUUUCUUGCUCACGUUUACGUCAUACCCGUAAAUAAAAAUUUAUGGUCGUUAUCUUUUGCACUGGUAACGACUGCCUUUGCUCUUGGUCUUUUAUCAGCUUGUUACUUACUCGUGGACGUUGCAAGAAUAUGGAGAGGUGGACCAUUUCGAAUUCCUGGAAUGAACGCUCUUCUUAUAUACAUCGGUCAUCAUUUAUGCUAUCAGAUCUUUCCAUUUCAUUGGCGUAUCGGUAAUAUGCAAGGUCGUACUUUGGUAUUGGUAGAAGCUAUUUGGGGUGUUGUCCUAUGGACGAUCAUAGCUUAUAUUAUGCAUCGUAAACGAACGUAUAUUACUUUGUGAUCUAACGUGACUUUCUCAGAUAGUUAUUUGGAUUUGGGAUAUAAAGGACGAUCGGUCUUUUCGGCUUGAUAAAUAAUUUAUUUUACACGACUUACAUUAAGUAACAUAAUGACAGUGUGUGAGGUAAUCGUAUUACCAACGUAUACUUUUUAUACGAAUUUGUAUUAAGUACAUUCUUUCUUUUAUUGUAUUUUUGUAAAUUUUUUUUGUAUUUUUUCUUUUUUUAAUUAUUAUUAUUAUUAUUAAUAUUAUUAUUAUUAUUAAUAUUAUCAUCAUCAUCAUCAUCAUCAUCAUCAUCAUCAUCAUCAUCAUCAUCAUCAUUAUUAUUAUUUUUCUUUUGUUAUCAAUCGCAAGAAACGAUUAAAUCAUCGUUGUAUUUUUCGGCACAUUAAAUAACGCGAUAAGUUUUCGAUAUCAUUAGUAAUAUGACUAAAAAUGUAGCUCUUCUCUCAGAGUCGUUUUUUUUAUU